UCGAUUCGACGGAGCCACACCAUUAAGUUACACAAGGAUGUUAAUAUGUCAACUGUAAACACAGCAGCCGUCUACUUAAUAGCUUUUGUCAUGAAGCGACUACGAGUUGAUUUUGUCACUUGGAGCUGAGAGCUGGUUUCAGUAUUUGAUAAAGAAAGCUACCACUGGUAAGCGGUUAAAGAGACAGGCUGUGUUUACAUUUGUUAGCAUUGUAGCAGCUAAUAGAGUGCUAGCCUUUAAAUACAUUUCCAACGCGACCUGGACUUUAGUACACUCUAGAAAAGAGACCGUGUAUAAGACCGGCUUUGUAUAAUAUUUCUUUCUUUCUGUUUUCCUUUUAAAUCUCCUGUGUAAUGUGUAAAUUGUAAAGACUUACGUUAGGUUAAUUCACGUGAAAUUAGUUAAAUGAAUGUAGUUUACUAACUAACGUAACACUUCAACUGGUACAGAAUUCGUUUCUUGGUAAUACACGGCGGGUGUGUAAUCGUUACAGUCUAAUGUAAUGAAUGUAGUGGGUAGAUGACAAGCCUACAAAACCUUUUUAUAUUAGCUCAUCAGCUGUGUAGCUGAUUGUAGUUUUCACCAGGAUUCACACCCCACUUCUUCACUUUUGUGGCUGUUUAGAUAUUGUAGUCGUUUGGCUGGCUCAUCGGGCUCGCUCCCCAUGAAGUGUGUAGUCAGUAGGAUAGCCCUGUUAUGAAUAGUGAUGGAGUUGUCGCAGAGGGACAGGCUGUCAGAGCUGGUGGAGGAGCUGACCACAUCAGGACAGCCACAGCUCGACCAGGACAAGCUGAAGGAAAUCAAGAAGAUCUGCAGAGUGUCCAGUGACUGCAUAGACCAUGUGUACCACUCAGUGAUGUCUCAGCUCAACCAAGAGCAUGCUGAGGUCCGACUGUCUGCCUUCCAGAUAGCCAGUGAGCUCUUCUCCAGAUCACACCACUUUAGAACCCUGCUGGUGGACAACUUCCAGGAGUUCUUGGAGUUGACAGUAGAGACUGACUCGGAGCAGCCCCUCCCCCCUCCUAAAGAAGUAGCCAGGAAACUGAGGUCACUGGCCAUCCAGACUGUCCAGUCAUGGCAGGCCUCCUAUGGGACAGCUUAUAAGAAGUUAGCGCUGGGCUACCACUUUCUCAAACAGGUUAAGAAGGUGGACUUCCAGGAUGCCGAGGCCAGGACAGUAGCCGAGAGGAGGAGGGAGGAGGACAGACGGAGGAGAAUGGAGAGGAUCUACAAGGAGAGAGUGGAGACAGCCUCCAAAGACAUGGAGGAGUCGUACCGGGAAAUUGAGGCAACAUUGACGGAGAUGGAAUCCUGUAUGAGGCUGCUUUUCCCUGAAUUUGACCUUACAGACAUCCAGACAACCAAUAGCAGCCCUCCAAACUCCCAACCAGCCAAUGAAAAUGAACAGCCCUGCUGCAGCAAAGACCUGAAGGAUGACAGGAGAGAAGGAAUGAUACAAGAAAGGGAGGACAGCAGGGAAGACAAGAAAAGCAAUGGGGAGGAAAAGAGAGGAAAAGAAGACAAAGGAGUGACAGAGGAGAAGAGCAACAACAGGGAGGAGAAAAAAGGGAAGGAAAAGGAGCGGUCUGAGGAUAAAGAGAAGAGGGAUGGGAAUGAGCAGCAGGAGGAGAAGAAGAAGGGGAAGGAGGUAGAAGAUGGGGAAGAAAAGAAGCGAGAUAUGGAGACAGCGCAGAGGGAGGGAGAGGAGGAGGAAGACGAGGAGGGAAGUAGUGAAGAAGAGGAGGAGCCUCUUGGUGAAGACUUGUUUAUUCGGAACUCUGGGCUCGUCUCUCACUCCUACAGUCUGGACCUGAACCUCAGUCCUGGUCUUCAUGUCAAGGAGACCGAGGAUAAUGAGGCAGUGGUUUCCACGGUGAUAGACCUCCACAGACUGAUAAAAACCAAACACCUUCCAGCUGUGCAGGGCUGGGUUCAGGUCUUCACCAAGUCAGGAGCUGAGCAGCAGCUGUUAAGGAGAGCGCUGGACCUGAAGAGGUCUUUAGAAGCUGCCCUGCAGAAACACAAAGAGCUUCACAUUGAUUACAAGACCAGGGUCCGCAAAGUGAUGAAGGCUUCUUCAGACGACGACGAUGAUGACGAUGACUUUGAUGAAGUUCCAGAGAAAGAGGGAUAUGAGCCGCACAUUCCAGAGCAUCUGCGAGCCGAGUAUGGUUUGGAUCCAGCUCCUUCCACCUCAGCGGCACCAGUCACAAAAAAACCUCCUGCUAAAAGACUUGCAGCUCCACCCCAUCCAUCCUCCUCCUCCUCCUCCUCCUCUUCCUCCUCCAGGCGGCUAAAGCGACUUACAGAGGAGGAGCAGGAUCCAACAUGUGCAGCCGCCACACUGCGCCUCCUCAGACAAAACCUCCCUCUGCCCGCAGAAUCCAGCAGCUCCUCGGGUCCCAGUUCAUCCCAGUCCAGUUCAGACCAGAUGGCUGUUGAUGCUCCUGUGGUUCCAUUUGGUUUGGACCUGUACUACUGGGGCCAGGAGCAGCCCAACGCUGGCAAGAUCAUCAAGUCCGCCUCUCAGCACCAGUUCUGGGUUCACGCUGAGGUGGAGGAGGAGGUGGAGAACAAGGAGCUGCUGGCAGAGAGCAGGAGCAGAUACAUCUCCUUCCCUGGGAGCUUCACUCCUGUCAGCCAUUACUGCAGAGCUCCACUGGGCAACGGAAAGCUGUGUCAGAGACAGGACCGCCACAAGUGUCCGUUCCAUGGCCAGAUCAUUCCUCGAGACCCGGAGGGUCGACCCUGCAGGCAGGAGGACCGACUGAGGCAGGAGCAGGAGGAGAGGAGGAGGAGGGAGGAGCAGCCUGACUGGCGGGACGCAGAGCUGAUGCGAGACAUCGAGGCGGCAACAGGAGAAAACCUGGGUUCUGACAGGGUGGCUAAAAAAGGGAAAGGGAAGAAGAAGAAGUACCCCAACCUCAGUGAUCUGAAGCAGAGCACCAACACUUCCCGCUCCAGGCUGGAGAGAAAAGUCUUCAACAAGAGCACCAUGCGCAGAGUGGCUCAGGUGAUGAGCAAAGCUGACAGGAGGAAACACGACAAGUUCUCCAACCAGUUCAACUACGCUCUCAACUGACCUGCAGCCACUUCAACGUGCCUCCAAACCAAAUGAGAUGGACUCAAUGCUUCUUUUAGCUUUUCUUUUAAUUUAUUGAUGCGCCCACACAGUAUAUGGACCUGGUCUGGUGUAAACCAUUGUUUGUUUGAACACUCUGACGCCGUUGGAAUGAUUUGACUGCUGCUUGAUAACCUAAGGAGACGCUUGUUUCAGAUGUACGUGCGUACUCCUGAAUGAGUGUGUUGUGCCUCUCCUGGCCAUACAUGUACAGCUUCUGACACACUUGAUGAAUAACGACCGGCUACCAGAAAAUGAACAUUUAUCAGCCACAUUGUUCAGCCUUUGCAUCGGCCAAUCCAAUUUCAUUAUGUAUAACUGACUGAUUUUGUACUAGUAUUUUCUGGUUGAAUUCAUUGUUUGUUUGUUUAGUGUUUUUGGGGAUUGAAGCCAUGUGUUUUAAAUGAACAUCAUGCAGGUAAAAAAAACUGUACCAGAAGCAAACUGUAAAUCUCUGUCCUCAGCCCUGUCCUCUACUUUAAUGAGACUAAGUCAGGGUUAGUUCAGCACACAGACCUGCAGCGCCACGUUGAAAGUUUGGACAGGAAGCUACUUAAGAAAUAACUGAGGAUGAAUGUAAUCAUUAGGAAUGAAUUUCAUGUUAAUCCGAACGCAAGACCCGAGAUGACAGCACGCCCCAGCACAGAGUAGUUAUCGAAGUCUGGCUGUGGCUCAGGAGGCAGAGGGGAGGUACACAGGGGCGGUGGUUCGAUCCCCAAAUCCUCCUGUCCACAUGUCGAAGUGUCCUUGGGCAAGAGGCCGAUGGUCAGACCAGCACCUUGCACGGCAGCUCGCUGCGUUCGGUGUGAGAGAGUGGAUGAGAGGAAAAACCUGUGAUAUAAAUGCAGCCAUUUACCAUUUAAAUGCACUUUGGGCUUCUCUGUCAGAUAUGAGUGUGGCCCACCUGGACUGUCUCAUGCCCAUUCAGACAUGUUGGGCUGUGGCCGUCGGGCCAGUGCCUGUACACCUCCAGCCCAGCAUGACUCAGAGGAGUCAGCUUCAGUCCCGGUUUUUAAUCACACGGUGGAUUACUUUGUUCAGAAACUGCUGAGGAAACCUACGUGGUUUACAGGGGUGGUCCCAAGGGGGGCACAGGUACUUGGCCUCUGUAUUAAUGAAGGGAGCACUUGCCUGUCACCUGUUUCAUUCAAGUGUAACAAAAAUUGUAAUAAACACAGAAAAUAACAUAAACCUACACCCUGCUGAUGUGAGGUAAAACGUCUGGAUGCCGCCGUGUUAAUCACUCAUUAAAUAUGAAGAGCAACAGAUUUUCAAGCUCGGUGAUCAACGUCGAGUGUGGGAUUUAAUGAUAGAGCCUUGUAGCAGCAUCAGUGUGGCAUUUUGUUAUAAAAACCUCAGAUGGAGGAAAGGUGGUGAUUCCCAUUGUCUCUUUUGGUAUUCUCCGGUUUAAAGUCUGGUAUAUUUUUCAGGAAUUGUAUUCAUGCUCCCAGACAGUAAUAAGUCUGUUUCUCACCACUUAGUUAAGUUAAAGGCAACGCCACAUCCAUUUUACACCUCAGCGUGUGUUUGCAGGUGUUGGGGCGUUCUACUGCAGAUGUGAAAAAGUAGUAUAAAGCCUUCAGUGUGUCAGAGCCAGCUGUGUGCAGUCUGAUAAACGUCCUCAAGUGAUGUCACUCGAGUCGGCGUCGGUCGGUCGGGGCUGAAGGCUACAGGUGUGAAACUGAAACUAAUGUGUUGGUGUGGAGUCAGAAAGACGUGAGCUGAGCAGAGCUCUGCAGCUGCUGCUCGUCUCUGCUGCAGGCUGCAGACUGCAGACUGCGUUAGCCGCUGCUAGCACUAACGUAGCACCCCUGACUCACCACUGCUGACCAGACUGUCAGCAGUAAACUUGCUUUGUGGAACUGAGGAAUGUGUGAAAUAAAAAAGACUGUGUGGUUCUGCUG